AUGCAGGCUGUUCGCUACCACGGCGCAAACGUUGCGUUGACGGUCGAAUCGAUUCCCAGGCCCACAAACUUGGCCGACAACGACGUCCUAAUCCAGGUUCAAGCAGCCGCGUUGUGCCACACCGAGCUGCACUUUGCCGACGGUACGCUAAAUCUAGGGGUUGCUCCCAUGACACUAGGGCACGAAGCUUGUGGAAUAGUAAUCCAAGUUGGUAACAGCGUUCCCGAUACAAGAAUUGGCGAACGUGUCAUUCUGUAUUACUACGUUGGUUGCGGAUCCUGCCGAUGGUGUCUGCAAGGUGACGAGCAAAUUUGUGGAUCACUGCAGGCCGAAUUUGGCUUUAUAAGCGACGGUGGUCUAGCAGAAUACAUCAAGGCGCCUUCUCGUAACGCCGUGCCGCUACCUAGCAAUAUUUCUUUCGUCGACGCCGCCCCCAUUGGUUGUGGUGUAACGACGGCGGUCCACGCGAGCAAAAUAGGAAGGGUCCAGAAAGACGAUUGGUGUUUGGUAUAUGGCGUAAAUGGCGUUGGUUUCGGUCUCAUACAGCUUCUGAAAAAUCAUUACGGUGCCAAAGUGAUCGCUGCGACCCGUUCUCCAGCCAGACGGAAACUGGCGCUCGAACUGGGCGCCGACGUAUCCAUUGAUACUACAGAUUCCUCGACUGUGGCCAAAGCAGUCCACCAAGCAACAUAUGGGGCUGGUGCAGAUGUCAUCUUUGAGUGCGUUGGACGGCGUGAAACAAUGGAUGCGUGCGUUGGCUGGGACGGUGCGUUAGGUAAACGUGGUCGUUUGGUUUUAGUCGGAUACGAGGCUGGAAGUGAGCACGAAUUUCGAUGCCAUCCGAUUCCAAUGAUUGUACAAGAGCAAUCCGUUUGCGGUAGUGUUGGUGCUACUCUCAAUGAUCUCAAGGAGGCACUUGAAUAUGUUUCCUCUGGAAAGGUCAAAACCAUUGUGGACAGCCUCCUUUCCUUGCAGGAUUUUCAGCGUGGCAUAGAUAAAAUCAAAUCAUGCGACUGCAUCGGAAAAAUUGUUUGCCGACCCGCAGAAACCUCAUUUGGCUAG